AUGGCUGGCCUUGAGCAGAUUGAGGUGCAUUCCAGGAAUUACCUCGUGCGCUGGGUGAAUGUCAAACAAGAACAUACAAUCUCCUGGACAAUUCAACCUCACAAAAAAUCCAUCAACUUCGGAUUGUUCAAGCAUCCAGGACCGUUGUCCCCUCUCCAUUCCUCCUCGACGUCGCUGCCUCCUUCUUCACCCAAUCCUUCCGCUGCCGACGAGGACAAACUCGACAAUCACUCCACCGCGAUUGAGAAAUUGACCGGAAUUGGACUCAAACAAAUUCGGUGGGUGGGCAAGUGCGAGGCCGACAAAGUAUCGCAGGGCAAGUAUGAUGUACGCCGGGGUGAGGCCGGUAACUAUGCUCUGGUCUUCGACAAUACAUUCUCCAAAAGUAUCUCCAAGACAGCCACGGUUUUCCUCUUCACCUACCCUACAGCAUGUCAGUCGCAAAUUCAAUUCGGUGCCCAACUGCACCACUCUCAGGCCAUGGCCUCCGCCAUGGCCACCGCCUCGGCUUCUUCACAAAUUUUCAAGAGAAGUCCCAAACUCAAGGCCAGGGACAAGGAAUCGGUCGACUCGCUGAGACAAGCAUCCAUGAACCAUCCGGUUCCAGGAAGCACGGCGGCCGCGCCUGAAGGGCCCAAGGCGGCAGAAGAACCUGCCUCCAUUCACACCGGAGUUUUGCAGAAACGAAGAAGGAAGAAGCAUCAAGGUUAUGCGCGAAGAUUCUUUUGCUUGGACUACACGUCGUCCACGCUAUCCUACUAUCGCGAUCGGAAUUCUUCAGCUCUUCGAGGGGCUAUUCCACUGUCAUUGGCCGCCAUUGCAGCAAACGCCAAAUCCCGUGAAAUUUCCAUCGACUCAGGGGCGGAGAUAUGGCAUCUGAAGGCGAAUAAUGAUGCAGAUUUUGGGGCUUGGAAGACCGCAUUAGAGAACGCCGCACGUCUCAUGCUCGAAUCCACCACCCCUGUGGAUCAUAUACAUGUUGAGACGGGCCAUGAAGCUCCCGUUGAGAAGACCAGCCCGUUCGACGAGCAGGAGUGGGCAAGACUAGAAACACUUCUGAGUAGAAUAUCCGGCACACGAGACGCGGUGAGGAGGCUGUGUUUGGACACCCUCGCUCAGCCAUUGCCUCCUCCAUCCCCUCGACCCGGUUCCACUUCCACCAGUACAACACCCACCGACGGACCGAGUGAGGACUACUUCAAACAAGAGGAAAGGCGACCCUUUUGGAAACGAAAACCCAGUGCGAACAAUAGUCAGACGAAUGUCUUUAAACGAAGUGUCUCUGCCCAGCUCGCCGUUCCGGUUCCGGGUGGUGUCGAGCCUCUUCUACGUAAUGGAGUUUCUGCCCCUCAAGGAACUCCCGUCAUGCACCGGCCUCAUCUUCAUCACGAAGAAAGCAUGUAUGAUCACUGUAUGGCAUUGCUACAUGACCUUGAUUCGGUGGUGGGGGAAUUCUCGACGCUCAUGGCGGAGAUCAAAGUCCGCCGGACGACGCCACCGAAGUCGGCGGUGUCGAGAAUGAGUCUCCGGUCGGUUGAAUCGCAGGAAUAUUUUGAUGCGGAAGAUAGUUCCCGACUCCUCAAUAUCCACAGCGACACGGAUCACGAAGGCAUCGACGAGGCAGGAGAGGUGGAAGAUUCUGCUACGAGUAGUGACAUUGGCGAGGAUUCUCUCGACGUCUUGAAGAGGCGAUCAGGAAGUGUGUCAUCAUACCUCCCUCCGCGAGCCAAGUCUUUGACGCCCUUGCCGUUGGACCCAGUCCACCGAAGGAAGUCGAUUGCAGCGCCGACGAUCAUGCCGCCUAGUCUGAUCGGAUUUCUCCGGAAGAACGUGGGCAAGGAUUUGUCGACCAUUUCGAUGCCGGUGUCGGCCAACGAACCGCUGUCACUUCUCCAGCGAGCGGCCGAGCAGCUGGAGUAUUCUCAAACCUUGGACCGUGCCGCCAAGUGCACGGAUGUAUACGAGCGAUUGAUGUAUGUGACGGCGUUCGCCAUCGCAUCUCUGUCCAACACGCGAGUCAAAGAGCGAUCAAUCCGGAAACCCUUUAAUCCAAUGCUGGGAGAAACGUAUGAACUGGUGCGAGAAGACCGGGGUUUCCGAUUUAUUGCCGAGAAAGUGUCACAUCGACCCGUGCAGCUCGCAUUCCACGCGGAGUCCUAUGAUUGGACCUUUGCUCAGUCACCCUUGCCUUCACAGAAAUUCUGGGGGAAAUCGUCCGAGAUCGUCAUGGAGGGCAAAGCCCGAUUACUCCUGCACAAUACCGGGGAGGUGUUUAGUUGGUCGGCAGCGACCUGUUUCCUGAGAAAUAUCAUUGCCGGCGAGAAGUACGUGGAGCCGGUCGGGACCAUGACCAUCUUCAAUGAAACUUCUGGGCACAAGGCGGUCGUGUCUUUCAAGGCCAAAGGAAUGUUCUCCGGUCGUGGUGAAGAAGUGGAGGUCCAAACGAUCAAUGGUCACGGACAAGAGUUGUCCGUGGGAUUGACGGGAACCUGGACGAAUUCACUUCAGUUGAAGGAAGCUGGGAAACAAGGUCAGUCGACGAUCUGGUCGGCCGGGCCCUUGGUGGGGGAUGCUCCCAAGCAUUACGGAAUGACUCUGUUUGCAGCCGAGCUGAAUGAGAUGACCGAGAUCGAGAAAGGAAAGCUGCCUCCGACCGACAGUCGGCUGCGACCAGAUCAACAAGCAUUGGAAAUGGGCGACCACGAUCGGGCAGAAGAAAUGAAGAAUCAACUGGAAGAAGCACAACGAGCCCGGAGAAGAGAGAUGGAGGCGAAAGGAGAGACGUGGAAAGCUCGGUGGUUUACCAAGGUCGAGCUAGGCGAUGAAGUCGUCUGGAAGUUGAAAACGGGCAAGGAAGGGUAUUGGGAAGAGAGAGCCCGAGGCGAAUGGACAGGCGUAGUACCUGUUCUUGGAGCGUGA